GCCUUGGUUUGGCUUGAAGAGUUGUAGGCGGCGAGCUUCAUCGCCCUGCAAUUGGCUUUCCAGGCUCAGAUGGGUUUCCGAUGUACGGAUACUGCCAAGGCGCUUUGGCCGCAAACUCUGGAAGGAAGCCAAAGGAAAGUGAAGUUCCUGGCGCUAAGCGCUUGUCCCGCUCAGAGAGCCCGGCGCUAGCGCAUUCUUCGUGCAGUUAUUGGCUGGGACUCUGCGUGCCGCUGUCGGCCAAUGAAGAGGCUGGAGAUCUGCCCCGGCCCGUCCCCUCUCGGCGCCCCGGGAUGAGGCAGAGACUGAACAGCCGGCAAGCAAAUCAUCGGCAUCCAGAAAGCCAUGUCCGACUCGGAGCCCAGCGCCCAAGCGCUAACCCGCUGAAAGUUUCUCAGCGAAAACGUCGGGACCGUCUGGACCCCGCGAAGAGGGACUGCCUUUGAGUGAGAUGGUCCCAGAGGCCCGGAGGAACGGACUGGUAAGCACCCGCAAAGUGGUGGGAGUUUUGCUUCUGCUUGGCGCCUUGCACAAGGCUUCCGCCGUCAUUCGCUAUGAGAUCCUGGAGGAAAGAGAGAAGGGUUUCGCGGUGGGCAACGUGGUCACGGACCUUGGCUUGGAUCUCGGCAGCCUGUCAGCCCGCAGGCUCCUGGUGUUGUCCGCAGCUAGCCGAAAAUUCUUUGAGGUGAACCGGGAGACCGGAGAGAUGUUCGUGAACGACCGCCUGGAUCGCGAGGAGCUUUGUGGGACACUGCCCUCCUGCACCAUAACUCUGGAGUUGAUAAUGGAGAGUCCGCUAGAGCUGUUCAGUGCGGAAGUGGUGAUCCAGGAUAUCAACGACAACAAUCCCGCUUUCCCUACCCGGGAAAUGAAAUUGGAGAUUAGCGAGGCCGUGGCGCCGGGCACGCGCUUUCCGCUCGAGAGCGCGCACGAUCCCGAUGUGGGAAGCAACUCUUUACAAACCUACGAGCUGAGCCGCAAUGAGUACUUUGCGCUUCGCUUGCAGACGCGGGAGGACAGUACCAAGUACGCGGAGCUGGUGCUGGAGCGCGCCCUGGACCGGGAGCGAGAGCCGAGUCUCCAUUUGGUGCUGACGGCGUCAGACGGAGGAACCCCGGCUCUCUCCGCCAGCCUUUCUAUUCGCAUCACUGUGCUGGACGCGAAUGACAAUGCUCCCGCCUUCAAUCAGUCCUUGUACCGGGCGCGCGUCCCGGAGGAUGCACCCCCCGGCACUCGCGUGGUGCAAGUCCGCGCAACCGACCUGGAUGAAGGCCCCAACGGUGAAAUCAUUUACUCCUUCGGCAGCCACAACCGCGCUGGCGUGCGGGAACUCUUCUCCUUAGACCUUGUAACAGGAGUGCUGACAAUCAAAGGUCGGCUGGACUUUGAAGACACGAAACUCCACGAGAUUUACAUACAGGCCAAAGACAAGGGCGCCAAUCCCGAAGGAGCACAUUGCAAAGUCUUGGUAGAGGUUGUAGACGUGAAUGACAAUGCCCCGGAGAUCACAGUGACUUCUGUGUACAGUCCAGUCCCCGAGGAUGCCCCUUUAGGAACUGUCAUCGCUUUGCUCAGUGUGAACGAUCUGGAUACUGGGGAGAACGGGCUGGUUACUUGCGACAUUCCUCCUGGUCUCCCCUUCAGUCUUACUUCUUCCCUCAAGAAUUACUUUACUUUGAAAACCAGCGCAGCUCUGGAUCGGGAGGCUGUGCCAGAAUACAACCUCAGCAUCACUGCUCGAGAUGCGGGCGCCCCUUCCCUCUCAGCUCUCACGACAGUUCGGGUGCAAGUGUCCGACAUCAACGACAAUCCCCCACAGUCCUCACAAUCUUCCUACGACGUUUACGUGGAGGAAAAUAACGUUCCCGGGGUUCCAAUACUAAAUCUAAGUGUCUGGGACCCCGACGCCCCUCAGAAUGCUCAUCUUUCCUUCUUUCUCUUGGAGCAAGGAGCUGAAACUGGGUUAGUGGGUCGCUAUUUCACGAUAAAUCGUGAUAGUGGCGUCGUGUCUUCCUUAGUGCCCCUGGACUAUGAGGAUCGGCGGGAAUUCGAAUUAACAGCUCACAUCAGCGACGGAGGCACUCCGGUCCUGACCACCAACAUCAGCGUGAACAUAUUUGUCACCGAUCACAACGACAAUGCCCCCCAGGUCAUAUACCCGCGGCCUGGUCGAAGCUCUGUGGAGAUGCUGCCCCGAGGUACCCCUGCCGGCCACGUGGUUACGCGGGUGGUAGGCUGGGACCCAGAUGCAGGGCAUAACGCCUGGCUCUCCUACAGCCUCUUGGGAGCCUCCAACCAGAGCCUUUUCGCUGUGGGGCUUCACACGGGUCAGAUCAGCACUGCCCGCCCAGUCCAGGACACAGAUUCACCCAGGCAAACUCUCACGGUCUUGAUCAAAGACAAUGGGGAGCCAUCGCUGUCCACCACCGCGACCCUGACUGUGUCAGUAACUGAGGAACCUCCAGAAGCCGGGGCCGAGUUCCCCUCUGGCUCCGCCCCUGGGGAGCAGAAUAAAAAUCUCACCUUUUAUCUACUCCUCUCUCUAAUCCUGGUCUCUGUGGGGUUCGCAGUCACCAUAUUGGGACUGAUUAUAUUCAAAGUUUACAAGUGGAAACAGUCCAGGGACCUAUACCGAGGCCCCGUGAGCUCCCUGUACCGAACACCAGGGCCGUCUCUGCACGCGGACGCCGUGCGGGGAGGCCUGUUGCCACCGCACCUUUACCAUCAGGUGUACCUCACCACUGACUCGCGCCGCAGCGACCCGCUGCUGAAGAAACCUGGGGUCGCCAGCCCUCUGGCCAGCCGCCAGAACACGCUGCGGAGCUGCGACCCUGUGUUCUAUAGGCAAGUGUUGGGUGCAGAGAGCUCCCCUCCCGGACAGCAAGCCCCGCCCAACACGGACUGGCGUUUCUCUCAGGCCCAGAGACCCAGCACCAGCGGCUCCCAAAAUGGCGAUGAAACCGGCACCUGGCCCAAUAACCAGUUUGACACAGAGAUGCUGCAAGCCAUGAUCUUGGCCUCCGCCAGUGAAGCCGCUGACGGGAGCUCCACCCUGGGAGGGGGCGCUGGCACCAUGGGCUUGAGUGCCCGCUAUGGGCCUCAGUUCACCCUGCAGCAUGUGCCCGACUACCGCCAGAACGUCUACAUCCCUGGCAGCAAUGCUACACUGACCAACGCAGCGGGCAAGCGGGAUGGCAAAGCCCCGGCAGGUGGCAACGGCAACAAGAAGAAGUCGGGCAAAAAGGAGAAGAAGUAAUGUGGAGGCCGGGCAUGGAGCCACAGGGCUGCUUCCCCCCAGCCAGCCCAGACUCUCCCUACCUGGACCCGGACCUCAGAUUUCCAGGGCUCACCCCCAGGAUCCUGGUCAGGGCCCAGGCCAUGCUCCCCUUGGGAAACAGAAACAAGUGCCCAGUCAACACCCCUCUCUCUGCCCCCAGGGGAUUGAAUAUGCAAAGGGAGUUCUGCUGGGAACCCCCAUCCAAUCAAUUGCUGUGCCCAUGGGGGUAGUGGGGGUAGUGUAGCCAUCAUUUAUCACACCCCAUUUAGUUAUAGCGGAACUCCUCCAUCAUCCAAAUUCAGUGAGAUCCACUGCCUCCCCCGCCCCAUCCCAUCCCCCUCUGCUCCUUCAACAGCUCCUCUUUCUUGUGUAAGGUAGUUGGGGUGUGGAGGUACCUGGUGACCUAAAAAGGCUCAUAGUUCUGAAGAGUUGGAAGGGUAUCAGGACCUCUUGGUCUCUCCUUCAGUUCUCACACUUCCCCCAAAGCAUGGUUUGGUGCCAGUGUCUUCACCACCUUCCUUCCAGAGCCUGAGACCAAGCUCAAGUUCUGGGAGAUAUGGUCACCAUGCCCGUGGUACUGAUGCUUGCUGGAUUUAGGGAGGGCAUUUUGCUACCACGCCUCUUCCCAAUGCCCUAGGGACCAGUUUUUGUUUUGUUUUGUUUUUCAUUGUUUGAUGUUACCACUGCAUGCUGUGACUUCCCCCUCCCCAAACAAGAGACUCCAUUGCAUGUUCCAAGACAGUAUGGGGUAGUGAGAUAAAGAAGGAAAGGGUAUGUAUGUGGAGGGGGAUGGACAAAGCUUGACCCAUCAGUUAACAGGGUCUUACAGGAGGCUCUGUACGACUCCAGGGUACUGACCAGAUCCCCAAAUUCCAGCCAUAAACCAAUCACCGGGCUGGACCCUCAUUCACCACAUAUAGGGCUCCGCCCAGGCAGCCAGCUCUGGGCUGAGCUGCCAGCACCAAUGGAUUUAAACUGGCAUUACAGUCCAAGGAAGCUCUGAGUAGGUUUGGGACCAGGUCCCCUGGAGAGGUCAGAGGGGCCUCUGUGGGUGCUGGGUACUCCAGAGGUGCCACUGGUGGAAGGAUCAGUGUGCGUCCCCCACCCCCGCCCCAGCAGGGAGGGCCAACUAGGCCAUUCUUAGCCCUGGGUUGGGGAGGCAAGGGGCUAGAGUAGGAACCAAGAGGACAGAAAUUCUCAGCCCAAGAUCAGGCUUCUCCAGAGAGCCCCCUGCAUUCCCCAAGCCUCUGUCCUUUACCUUUCCAGGUGCCAUUUCUACUCUGUGGCCACUGCCCAGGCCCUCAGUCCGCCCCCUAGUGGCCAGAGCCUGGUUAAAGUCCCCAGUGCCUCCUUGUGUAUAAACCUCCCCUCUGCCCACCCUACUUCUACCCUCCGGAGUCCCGUUCCUUAAGCGGGGCUACGUGAGAACCCCACCCCAGUCCUUACAGUAGUGUAGAGCCCCCUCCCUUUUUCGGCUGGUAUAGAAUAGCCAAUAGUGUAGUGCGGUGUGCUUUUCCGUGAUGGCGAGUGGGCAGCGGGCGGCGGGCUCCGCGCAGCCGUCUGUCCUUGAAUCUGCCUGCGGCGGCCGGUGCUGUGUUUUGUGCUGUGUCCACGCGCUGCGGCGACCCCCUCCCCGGUACUGACUCCUAUAAGCGCUUCUCUUUGCAUAGUCACGUAGCUUUCCACCCCCUUCCUGUGUCUCACGCAAGUUUUAUACUCUAAUAUUUAUAUGGCUUUUUUUCUUUGAAAAAAUAAUAAAAAUGUUUCUUCUGAAA